UGAUGUCACUAAUAGAAUGUGAUCGUUUCGCGGAUCUCCCACCGUCACGAGUCAGUGUACUUUUCGUUGCUUUUUAUAUCAUAGGACAGCUUGCCCGGCAGCGACAAAGACAAUUGUUCGUAGAGAGACUACCAAAGAACAGUACAUUUUCGCUCUUAGUCUGCAUUCUCAGACCGCUGGUUUAUCAUUAAACAUUUUGUGAAUCAAACAACAUCGUUGCUGACAAUGCUAGAAUGUCUAGUAGCUAAAUGUUGUCUGUUGUAACGAACGUGUUGUUGUAACUAGAACAUCGAUAUUUGUUAUCCUAAAAUAUCUAAUUUCGUCGAUUGAAGAUCAGGACAAGGCUACAGCCGAGCAAGGAGAACAAGACCUCACCCUCAGCAUUUUGUUUGCAGAGACAUACAACAAUGUUAACCCAGAGAAAGAGAAAACGCACUGUGGAAGACUUCAACCAGUUUUGCACCUUUGUGUUGGCCUACGCUGGAUACAUCCCCUAUCAAACAGAGGAGUGGUGGUGUAGUGAGAGCAAGCCCAGGGACAGCAACCCCUGCAGCACCAGCCACAGUACCAGUCCAUGGGCCUACCAGUCCUCUCCUACCUCAGACUGUGGCUCCUCUGCUCAGAGCCAGAAGGAGGAAGGGAAGGAGGUGAAGAGGAGGUCAGACAGGAAGCCAGUCGGGCCUGGUCAGGGGGAGAAGAAGCCUAGAGGAGGAAGUGCCAAGAAGUCUCCCAAUACGAAACAUGCUGCCCCUAGAUCAACGGUCAGCAGAACGCCAGAGAUCCAUGAGCAGCACCAGCCCCCGUCUGGAUGGACCAACCACAACAGCUGUCCUACUGACAACAAAACACAUCCUCUGACAGAUCCCAAAUGUGACCAUGACUGUAAACUUCCCCAAUCUUCCCUGACUCAACUCUUCCCUGAAGCCACCCCCAGCAGCUCUCUGUCUGACCACAGGAACAAGACCAACAACGGUCAGACAGACACACCAGACCCCAACGGGUCGGCUGGGAAGAAGAGCGACGCUACAACCCCUCAGAAGAAAGGAAGUGAAGAACAGGAAGUGACAGAGCAGCCAGUUGACAUGACAAUGGCAAGCUAUGAGACGGAGAGGAGCAGUCCUCACAGGCUGGGAGACAGAGAAAAAAAGAGAAGAAAGGAAGAGAAGAGGUCGCGGGAGAGCUGGGAGGGGUCUGGGAGUGAAGGAGGCAUAGACAGGGGUCAGAGGUCAGAUAUCCUGAGGAUGGUGAUGGACAGGAGGUUGAGAGGUCAGCUAGCUGAAGACCAAGAGACAGGCUACCACACAGAGGAGGGCAGCAGCCCCGACCAGGACCGGGACCAUGGAGGGAGCAACUACCAGACAGACCAGGGAGGGAGCGAUGGAGAGGACACGUCUGCAGACAACCGCAAGAUGGAGGAUGAGGACGACUCGUGGGACCUGAUCACCUGUUUCUGCCUGAAGCCAUUUGCGGGUCGGCCCAUGAUAGAGUGUAGUGAGUGUGGCACCUGGGUGCACCUGUCCUGCGCUAAGAUCCGCCGCACCCAUGUUCCUGAAGUCUUCAUCUGCCAGCCCUGCCGAGAUACCAAGACCAACAUCAGACGCUCCAACCGGGCGCGGAUCGCCCCCCGCAAACGCUUCAGCGACUAGAGAGCACCAGCUGGUUCAUUGUCUGCGUCCCAAUUGGCAGUAGGUAGCUCUAGUGGUUAAGAGCAUUGGGCCAGUAACCGAAAGGUCACUGGUUUGAAUCCCCAAGGUGGAAAAAUCUGCUGUUCUGCCCUUGAGCUAUGUAGCAACCCCAAACAACAACUGCUUCCCGGGCGCUGUUGAUGUCGAUUAAGGCAGCCUCCCGCACCUCUCUGAUUCAGAGGGGUUGGGUUAAAUGCUGAAGACACAUUUCGGUU